CAUUCCAACAGACAAAAACAAAAGAAAAACUUCAAUAGACCUAUCAAUAAUAUCAAAAGAUAUAUUCCUAGAAACAAACAAACAAAUCACAGACUAUCAUAUAGGAGGCAGCAACCACAAAGUAAUAAAAAUUACCCUAAAAAUUAAAAACAGCUGCUCACCCACAUUCGUUAUAAAUAAAAAUAAAACAUAUAAACAAAUAAAUGAACUAGAUCACACAAAAAUUAACACAAUAAUCAAUGCAUCAAUAAAAUCAAACAGAUAACUAAAAAUAAUACUCACCGAACAAAACAUAAACUAAAAGUAUGGUGGAAUGAAGAAUUAAAAACUGCCUUUAAGAAUCGAAACAUAGCCAGAACUUCCUUUAAUAAUUCACGCACUAUAAAAAACUCAAUGGAAUGCAAGAAAAGAACAGCUAUCCUGAUUUACAAAAUAAAAAAACAUAAAAGAGAACUAUUUUACCACACUCUAGAUAGUAUAAACUCCCAAACUAAUACCAAAGAACUAUGGGACUUAGUAUACAACAUUAACAAUAACAAAAAUCAUGCCAAAGAAUCGAACAUUAUACACAAUGAUAAUAAAAUAGCCAAAGACUUUUUAGAUUUAAACUUCGAAAAAAAUAAAUUAUCCAAAUUUAGAACAGAUACAAACAAUGCAACCCAAAUAGACAUGGAAUUAAUUAAUAAGGAAAUAUGGACGGAAUUACUAAAAAACAAGAAAAAUACAGCACCAGGAAUAGACAAAAUAACUUACGAAAUGCUUCGUAGCAUAAACGAAGAAACACUCAAGAUCAUCAUAAAAGAUGCAAACAAUAUGUGGAUGAAAGGAAAAAUACACAAAAAUCUAAAACAAAUCAAAAUUAUAGCCAUACCAAAACCAGAAAAAGAUCCAAACAAUAUAAACAAUUACAGACCAAUCGCACUCAUUCCGACUCCUACAAAAAUUCUAAACUCUGCAGUACUCCUCAAACUAAAUAGACACAUAGAAUUAAGAAAGAUUCUACCAGAAACCUCUUUUGGAUUUAGAAAACACAAAACAAUAAAUCAAUGCAUAAAUUACCUAACAAAUCAAGUAUACCAAAACAAAAGGAAAAAUAACAUGACCGGGGCAAUAUUUAUAGAUUUAGAAAAGGCAUAUAACAAAGUCAAAACCAAAACACUGAUACAAAAAUUAAUUAACGCUAACACACCAAACCAAAUAACUCUAUGGGUUACUAAUUUCCUUAAAAAUAGAACAGUAGAGAUAGAAAGUAACACAAAGAUCAAAAUGCUAGUCACUAACGGAUUACCCCAGGGAGAUGUAAUGUCCCCAACUCUAUUCAAUCUAUAUACCAAAGAUAUACACAAUAAAGUAACAAAUGAAAACACAAAAUUAAUACAAUAUGCAGAUGACUUUGUGAUAAUUGCCAGAGGAAAGGACCAAAACGAAUUGAAGACCAAUCUUCAAACAUCUUUAAAUUCAUUCAUAAACGAAAUAGAAGAACUAAAUCUCCCCAUAAACACGGACAAAACUAAAUAUAUGAUAUUUAACAAUAAAAACCAAAAUUUCAACCUCAACAUACGAAACACACAAAUAGAAAUAACCAACACAUACAAAUACCUCGGCACCAUAAUAGACAAUAAGCUUAAAUUUCAUAAACACAUAGAAUACCUGAGAAAUAAAGCCAUAGAUAGACUAAACAUUUUAAAAAUACUAUGCGCAAAAAAUAACAAUCUAGACCCACAAAAAGCUCUAAUAGUAUACAGGUCAACUAUGCGAAGCAUAUUUGAAACGGGCUCAUCAUACUUAAACAAUAGCAACAAAAGCAAUAGGAAAAAAAUAAAUACAACAAUUAACCAAGCGAUACGCAAAGCUACAGGAUGCACAAAAACGACACCCAUCAACACCUUGCACGCUAUUGCAGCCGAGAUCCCAUUCCAAUUCAGAUCUAAAUUCAUAGCACGUAAAGAACUAGCAAAAAUAAUAGUAUAUUCACACAUAUUAAGAAAACAAAUAAAUAAGAUAAAAGAUAAUAACUACAAUAAUAAGUCAAAAUCAUACCAAGAGAAAAUAUAUGAAGAAGACUACAACAUUUUAAAACAUCUAUCCAUUAGCCAAAUGAACAACAUUGCAACAAAAAUAAACAUAGACACAACACUUAAUAAAGAAAUAGGUACCAAAGCAAACAAAAAUAAAGAGACGAUUAAAUCAAUAACCUUAGAAAAGAUGAAAAACUACAACAAUAAUGGACCAACAAUUUUUACGGAUGGUAGCUUAAAAGAUAAUCAGGCGGGAAUAGGAAUUUACAUAAAAGAUAGAAAACAUAACAUAUACAAAGAAUAUAAAAUUAAAAACAUAGCAUCAAUAGCAACAAUAGAACUGAUAGCCAUCGAAAAAGCUCUGGAGAUAGCUAAAAAAUAUAAGAUGAAAAACAUAAUCCUAUAUACUGAUAGCCUGACCUCAUGCAACAUCCUAAAAAAAGCACAAAAAGAACCACAAAUAGAAGGAAUUAUAUAUAACAUAUUACAAAGAUGCACCAGCACUAACACACAAAUUGUUUGGAUACCGUCGCACGUAGGUAUAAACGGAAACGAAGUCGCAGACGAAUUAGCGAAUAAAGGAUGCCUAACAAGUAUAGAAUUAGACAAUAAAAUAAGGUUUACUGAUGCCAAAGAUUUGUACCGUAAGGAAAUGGAAAAACAGACUACAGAAUGGUACACAAAUGAGUCCAUUACUAAAGGACAGAAAUUCCUUAAUUUUCAAACUGAAUUCAAAACUGAAAUUUGGCACAAAAACAUAAAAAUUAGCGGGAAACAAAUAAAAAUAAUGAACAGAAUAUUAUCCGGGCAUGACUAUUCAGAUUACUGGCUAGCCAAAAUGAAAAUAACCCAAAAAGGUGAAUGUGAAAAUUGCAGAAAAUCAAAUACAGGAUGGCACAUGAUCUUUGACUGUCCUAAAUACAAUAAUAAUAACAAUAACAAUAACAAUAGAACAAAAUUUGAAGAUUUCCGAAAAACAUGGAGAGAACCCUCUGGAAAAACAAUAAGGCAAAUUAUAAAUUUCAUAAAACAAAAUCACAUAGAAAUAUGAAAAGAAUGAGAGGAAAAGGAGAAACAUCUUUUAUCUCUUCCUGCAAUGGAAGAUCAUUUAAAGAAAAAAAAAAAUCUCCCUAAAACCUCAAAAAAAACUAACAAACAAACAAACAAACAAACAAGAAAAAAAAAUAAUAGCAUAGAUAACUAUAAUUAAUUAGAGAAAUAAAUGGAACAACACAAACAGAUGAAAACUAACUGAAUUUUGUUUUCAAAACCCAGUAUAGUUACCCACACACACAUACACACCAAAUUCAAAAAAACGGACACAAAAACAACACCCAACAGACAACACAAAACAAUCUGAGUAUCAAACCCCGUGAAAUAAACGAUGUGACAACCAAAUACUGAAAGAAGAGAAAAAAAAAAUAAAAAAAAAUAAAGAGAAAUAGACUGCAAGGUCUCUCUAAAAAUCAAGAUGGUCAACCUCUGAUUAUGAUGUCCCACAACAUCAUAGGAGGACAAACCCCAUCACCCAAAGAAGAAGAAGAAGAAGAACUCGCACGUCCGACGUUAUCUGUCGAUUUCGAUACAAUACGAUACGAUACAAUACAAUACGAUACGAUCGAUGUCGAUAAAAAUCUCGUCCGAUACAAUCGCAUCCGAUGAGCGUUGCCACCGCCCUAACCGAGAUGUCGGCAACAUAAAUUUUACCGAGAUCUUUGCCGAGAUCUCAGUUGUGCAGAUGUCGGCAAAAAUUAACCGAGAUUCGGCAAAUUUUUUUAAGAGUCCCCCGGUGAGGACGUCAUUACUUAACAGAAGCCUGUUCAACACUCGCAGCGCCUGGUCAUGACGUCAUCAUUAAACUGAAGCCAGCUGAACACGUGCAGCACGGAUAGUGCUGCUAGGAUCCCGUGCGCGCUAGGAGGAAGAAAGAACGAGAGGAGUAAGAACGGUAAAUUUGGAAGGGGGAAAGCGUUCUGCCGUCUACACAGCGAGAGUAUGUCAAAACAUAUGUGGGAAGAGAGAGAGAUAUUAUUCAAUUAACAUCUUGCGAAUGUGUGCAUAAAGCAAA